AGCAGAUAAAAAGGCAACGCUACGCCAUUUGCACGUUUCGGUGGAUACUGUGUCGUAAAACAGUAAUUAUAGCCAAGUUAUCAAAACGCGAGUACGAAGAGAUUGAGCCAGUUUAGCUCGAGCAGGUCGCGAGACAGACGCUUUGCAGUCACUGACUGAAAUAAGAUAGUAAAUAACAUUUUUAGUCAAGCAGAAAUAACUACAGUAACUGCAGGUUUCGAGGUAAACGUGAGUGUUUCGUGCUGCUCAUUUAACUGGAAGGGAACGAGGAGGAGGCUGAAAUGUACCGUUAUUUGUGGCAGAAAUAACUGUUAUUAUGCGAAGACUCAUUCAGACGAUGCUGUAGCUGUCGGUGGAAGGACACAGGGAGUUUCAGAAAAGACCCUUACCCCUCCAAGCCAUCAAUAAACUCCCUUUUCAGUGAGCGACUCCUGUAACAAGCCUCCAAGUCUGAAUUUCGUUCUGCUUUCUGUUGAGAUUUUGUCUUCAAUACAGAGGCACUGACAGCUUCAUCACCGCUGUACUCAAUCUAUUUCUGAUUUCUACUUCAUUUGCAACGCUUCAGUUUCACACAAGUGGACUUGUAGGAAGCCUAGUGCUCGCCCAUUGGUGUGGCACAGGCCUGGUGCAAUUAGCACUCGACGGACUUGAGAAAUACAUCUCCGAAAGGCCAUCACGAUUUACAACUCGCUGCACGAUCCCACUAGGAACUAACCUCAGGCUUGUUACUAGUCAAACGAUGCUUUUGCUCCUUGGCCCCACUCUGUUUCUACCAGCCCCUCUCUGAAUCUCCAGAAGUGGCGCAGUUAAACAAUGCACUACUGAAAGCUCUUCUGCUGUUUGAGUCUAAAUCCAUGCUUGUUGGACUAGGAGCAAGUGCUUCUGAAAGCGUUAAAAGUGCUCUAGAACUAUGAGUGUCCAGUGGGCAGUGUUUACAGUUGGCCUAGUCCACAGGAUGGGUGGACAGUAGUGGACAGCGAGACCGUGGACUCAUGUCAUGGAAGGGGUUGUUGCAGUCGCAGUACAUACAGAGGGCUUUAAUGGUUUUCCACAAGAAUGUAAACAGACAGAGGAUCUAACAAAUGGGCACUCCAAAUGCACGACUAUCCUAAAUGGACUGACUCCAUCUAACAGCAUCAAAGACAAUGGCAACUUGAAUGGCAACCCUUAUCUCAAAAGUGUCCCAAUCUCAGCACUGAAACAGAAUGGGCUCCUACAGUCCCUGGCAGCAGGAGGCAAUCAGACUAAAACAGAAGAGGUGAGCUUGGAGGUGGAGCGAGCACAAGAGGAGUGGGAUGCCCUGGAGAGCAUCCAACCAGUUCUUGCAGAGGAUCUCACUCCAUCACCACUGAUCUCCUUCAAUGAGGCUCUGCAGCAUUUUCAGACCACUGAUCUUGGAGACCUGCUUAAGAACAUUCAGCCCACCAUUCGCAGGACUGGAUUGGCCGCCAUCACCCAUUUCCUGUUCGGUCCUCCUCGGCUACACAAAGACCUUGUAGAGGAGAGAGACUUAGUGUUUGCCAUUGCACAGUGUUCUCUGGAUAAUGGGCAGUCAGUUCACAUGCGUGUACUCCAGACCAUCUACAGGAAAUUGACUUGCACUCGAGCUGACUGUCCUCGCUAUGGACCACACUGGGAGAACGUGGGCUUUCAAGGUUCAGACCCUGCUACAGAUCUAAGGGGAACUGGUUUUCUGGGCCUCAUGCACACUCUCUACUUCGUCAUGGACCCAGAGAUACUUCCACUUGCUAGAGAAAUUUACAAACUCUCUCAGCAUCCAGUCCAGAAUUUUCCGUUCUGUGUGAUGUCAAUCAACAUGACGCGAAUCGCCCUGCAUGCUCUAAGGGAGGAAGUGCUGUCUAAGGAGUGUAACCGAAGGCAACAGGUGGUGGCAGUGCUGAAUGAUUUUUACGUUGCAACGUUCCUGCACCUCUACCAGCUGUGGAAGAGCCAGCAGAAAACCAUCUCUGACUCUGGCCAUGUGCUCAAAGAAGUGGAGCUCUUCGCUAAGAAGAACCCCAAGCAGAUUCUCAAACGUCUCGAGGGCUACCUGAAGGAGAGACGUGCUGGGACGGGACACCGAACUUCACCUGACACACUUUCACAAAGCAACCCUUCACCUGGUGACAGUGGGUCUCAAGCAGGGAGUCAGGGCGGCAAGGAGGGGAAAGAGAUGAACUUCACUGGAGUGUGUGAGCUGCCACCCGAGAUGGAGGGCGAGGCGAGACUCAUCUGAGAGACAGAGAGGCAUUCGAUUUGAGCAGUCUCGACUAUCUAUCGUGCUCUAACUUUGUCGUUCUCUCUGUUUCUUCGUUUCCUUUCUCUCCUUUCAUGCUUAAGGACACUCAGAGACAAGUCUAUGUUGUAACUGUAGUUGCUAAAAAGUAUGAACCUCUUUGCUGUUUUUUUCUGCUAGAGUACCUAUUGGCUCUUCUAUGGAAUGCUAGAUUUAGUUGCCAAGUUUAUAAGGAGAAUCUCAGUGGCAGCAGGUUGUCUUGAAGCUGUCAGGAAGAAAGAGACUCUGUUUACAGGCCUAAUGAGUGUGCAGUUGCAGAGGAGAAGGCUGUAUCAAACGCAAGCAAGCACCUUACCCACUACUGUGGUGUUGAGUGAGAGUGACUUCCUGUGUGUGACGGCCGGACUGUUUAGGCAUGUAUUUGAUUGAGACUAUUCUAGUGAAAGCCUUGUGAUCUUCGGGGUCAUUUUAACAUGUUCACUGUGACACUGAGUCAAUGUUCAAGAAAGUUGGUAGAGUUUAUAUUGAUGUUGGCUCUUCACUCUUCACUGUUGAAAAAUGGAAGGAGGUAUCAAAACAUUGGAUGGAAAUAGCCUCAAUAGGCCAAAGCUUUUUUUUUGUUUUUUGUCCCUUUAGGGAGAUAAAUGUCACAGUAUGAUUCAGAGAUUGCCUGACAUGUUUCUGUUGGCAGAAACUCUUUAACAAGAGCCUGAAAUUGUGAAGUGAGGGCGGAUUAUUUUGAUGGGAAAGUGCAUUUUAGUGACAUGUAGACCAAAAUGUGUGGAUGUUUGAGUAUAUACUUUGCAGUUACAAGGCUAACAUUGACACUUGCAGACUUGAAUUAUCAGCUAAAUUUAUUUAACUGUUUGAGCUUUGAGCUAAACUUAGGGCAGUAAUCAGAGUUCAAUGUGAUAUUUGGAGAUGUUGUAAUGCUUGUCUGCAUGAAGCAAAUCCUACACGUUUCCUCUAAUGAUAGCAGGUACAUUCCAGUUUUAAGUAGUCAUAACGUGACUUUGAAUGUGUUAACAUGCUGUGGACGAGAGUGAGAAUGAUCCCACGCUGUUUUUACUGGAUAAUGUAUGGUAUCCCGGACGAGCCCCCAAUUUAUGCUGAGAAAUCCUGUAAUGCCAGAAAUAGUCCUAAAAAAUUGUUAUUGAUUACUGAAGGCAUUUCUCAUGCGUUACAGCAUUCUCAAGAUGUCUUCUAGCUUGUCCUGAGAGAAUAGAAGGUGUAUGUUAAACUGUUGGAUAGUGAUUAGAUAGUUAGAGCUCCUGUUAACACUUUUAGCAAUGAAAGUGUGUAAACUUGUUAGGAAGACUUAAAUAAAUCACUAGCCAGGACGCUGCAGGUCAUUUAAGCUGUACGUUAUACAUAACCUUAAAACAUUUUUCCAACAGAGUUGCAUGAGACACGUCGAAAACUUGCAAAAAGUGAAUCCGUCUAGUGAACAUCAAACAAUACAGCCUUCAAAUACACAUGUGAGACCUAUUUAUAGUGUAGUCAAAUACACCCUGAGACUUGUUGAUUUGAACAAAAAAAAAACAUAAAAUACUUUAUUUGCUGUCAUGCCACAUCAGGUCAAGGCAGAAAAUAGUUGAGAAUUUGAUGUAUUUUUGUCAUAGGCGUCUUGUUCUCCCUAGUCCAGGUCCAAUAAAGAUGUGAGGGUUGCGACAUUCAUGUAAAUUGACGGUGACAUACUGUACAUUUGGAAAAAACUUGAUGGGGAAAGUGUUUCCCUCCCUUUGCAACCCGUAUUCUGCACUCUCGUCUUGUUAGCAUGUCAGGUAGCGCUAGAGAUGUAGCAUCCAGGAAUCGUUGUUUUAAAUUCCUUGUUAAAAAAGCUUGUUAUUCUAACUCGGUAUGGUUGCAUAUGUUUGUCUGAGUUACCUAGUCCAAAGUGUUGUUGUACAGUAUGAGUAACAGUGCGUUCUGUAUGUUUCAGGUUUAAUUUUACGCUCUAAUUGUAUUCUUUCGUAGUUUUUAUUUUCUUAAACGACACAUGAAUAUAAAUACUCAGUGGAUGUAUAUUAGAAGUCCUGUCACUUUAGCCAGUUUAAUUUUAUAUAAAGCAGAGUAGUAUUUUAUAAACUUGAAUAAGAUUAAAGCAUGAUGGAAAACGAAUGUUUAUAUACAGAGGCAAAUCACCCUUUCCUGGGUUAUUUACUAGUUUGGCUGGUUUGUAUUCGCUUAAAUAAGCAGGUUCAACACUUUCGUAAUCCGUCUAUAUAUCCAAGUGAAUUUAAUGCUGUUAUAAACUCCACGUUUCAUACCCAGCGUUUUGUUUUCCACACUGACCUGCUGAAAGCAAUGUUAACACUAAGAAAGAGUGAAUUACGAUGUUGCAUAAUAGUAUGUCGGCUGAUUUCAGUGUCAAACUGUUAAGGGAAGACGGUGGAAAGCACAUGUGUAUUUCCUUCGUUUUUAGGAUAUUUCGAGCUGUUUUGUGCAGCUAUUUCUCCAAAGUGUGUUUUUAUCUUGCUUACUUGCUCAAAACUCUUUAUGAACAAUCAAACUUACAAAUCGAGCAAUCAUCUAUAACCCUGACCAUGAUAUGAGCCUGGUUUGGCACCUUUUCUGUGUAUAUGCGCGCACAAUUAUUUGCUUAGUGGUUGUUUUGCUGUUUUGUUUUUAAAGGAGAGGGUGGUCUGUUAUGUGAGAUGACUAUUAAAUUGUGUAUGUACAUAUAUAAAUAUAUAUAACAAAAAUAUAUGAUUGUAACAGUCUGAUAGUUACCGGGGCAUAAUAUGCAUACCUCAGGCUUCAGACGAAUCUCUUCUGGGCAGACGUUUUAUUGAGGACAGCCAUGAUCCCAUGUCGUAGCACAAAAUGGUGUGGUGUCUCUUGCAGUAAUCUACCUAGCUUGGAAAUGUACUGUAUGUAUAUGUAUGUACACUAAUGCAGCUCGGCAAAAUAUUGACUUCUACAGUAUAUAUUUCUAUAGCCCAUGUUUGUGAAAACCAUAGUCUUACACGCUGAAAUGCUACCGAACCUUCGCUGGAGGAUGUUUUUAAACAAUCUUUAAUGGUUUGAUGUCGAAGCAAAUCAGACGAUUUCGUGGCCUUUGGUAUUUGCUGUGCUUUCGUGAAUGGUUUUUUGCAAUGUUACAGUAUGUCAGAAACGAUUCGCUCUACUAUGGCACAAUGUAACAAUAUUUGUUUGGACCAAAAGGAACAUUUGUGGGUUUAAAGCCGGUUUGGAGGUCGAGGUCUUUUUAAACGGGAGAUCUUGCCGUCCUUAAAUGUUAGAAUCUGUCUGUUUUGAUUUUCCCAGUGUGUUUUAGACGAAAGCAUUCCACGAUACUUCAUCUAUCUGGCCCACAGAGAUUAAAUUAUUUAAUUAAUUAUUAUUAUUUCUGCAGAAAAUUCAAACCCACGUGUCAAAUUUAAUUCAUUAAGUUGCCCAGAAUCAGCAAGUCCAAAAUAUCCUGCACUUCAUUUAAAGAUGCGUCAUUAUUGUCUGUUAUGAUCCUUCAGAGCAUUUUAUUAUAUCUGAACCUUGAUUGUAGAAUCCCUAUUUUAUAAUGAAAAUAUAUUUCAGAAUAUAUGCGGUUGUACAGUGAUGUAUCGUAUGAAGAGUACUAAAUAAAUGCAACUCAAAAACAA